AUGAAGAUUGUGUACACACUCUUGAUUCCUGGGGUGGAUAUACCUGGAACGAUGUACCGUGCGAUAACUGCUACAACUUCACUCGCUUUACGGGUAAUAUUCAUGAAACCUUUAAGGAACCUGCUGGUAUACAUGCAUAUACACUCAAUGAUGUUGCCCUGCUGACUGAUAUCUUUCCUAAUUGUUGGAGUCUUGGGUUUAUCCGAUCAAAAUUGGGAAGAAAACAUCAAUUUUGUUUUGUGAACGAGUGGGUUAAGAGUAGCGGUGACUAUUUUCAAGUCGUUCGAUUAAGAAGCAACAAAAAGCAAACUGAGGUGAUAAACAUAAGGGGAUAUAAACGCAUUGCUGAAAAGAAAUAAAACUUUAACUUGACGUUGCGUAUGCUCCAACAUACAUCUUCCGAAGUAAUUUAUGAUUACUUUCACUUUGUUGCAGCAAAUCAGCUUCUGCGAUAUCUCAAUAUUUGCCUUGCGCAUAUCAAAUCCACUGUUGAAUUUGAGGAUAACAACAUGAUCUCUUUCUUAGACAUACUCAUUAAACAUAGCAACCCAUUUUUGUCAACGUCAAUUUUUUUUGCUCAAUGGGACUCUUUGACACGUCGAAAAUACAAGAUAAACCUUAUCCGUACGCUCACUUUUCGCUUUCAUUAUUCUUAUCAUUUACAUCUCGAAAAUACAAGGGCUUUCGGCUCGUAAUUUUAUACCUGAUUAAACACUGCUGCUCUUUUAUUAAACAUUAAGCUUAUUUUCCUACAAUAUGUCUCUAUUGUUUCUUUGACUUAGUUACUUAUUCUACAUUUCAAUUUCUGGUGUUAUUGAACGGUUAAUUGCUUCUGAAGAUAUAUGUAGGAACAUACGAAACGUCAAGUUAAAGUUUUAUUUCUUUCCUGAAAUGCGUUUAUAUUUCCUUAUGUUUAUUACCACAGUUUGCUAUUUGUUCGUUCGAUUAAUAAUCUGGAGAACACUCCGUGUUUAAAGAGUGCAAUAAAUUGACCGUUUCCCCUUUAAAAUAGGUUUCUUUGAUGCACAUUACUCACUCUAUCACUCAUCUUUUCUAAUUAAUUGCAAAUUGGAGUCACUGAAGUAACAACCAUUAGAUGAAAGAUGUUAUACGCAGUAUAUGCUUAAACAAGCCCUUUCCAACUCAUAGUCAUCUAGUCUAUAACAAAUGUCUCCAAUGUGACUGGCUAUUAUAUUACCAGUACUUGUAAUCGCGUGAAAAUCGUAAUAGAACACUACUUGAAUACAAGAAUUACAAAAUAUGUUAAACAAACAGUUUUGCCCUGACGGUGUCUGAUUGUGUGUUUAGGCUUGGUUUCUUCUCUUUAAUAAAAAGGUUUUCGUAAAUCAGGCAAAACAUAUUUAUAACAUACAUACAUAGUACAUACUUUAUUGAGACUACUAAAACUAAGUCAUUAAAUGGAACCUUCUCCGAAACAUCUAACCAUUUAAGAGAUCUUCGUCCCUGGCAGAUGUGGUCAAACUUCUUUCAACCGAAUACAACUCUGGCAGCAAAAUUUUGUUCCAACUGAAGUUUGUGUAGGUUGCGUUUAGAUGUGUUCCCCCAUACUGAGGAACAAUAGAAACGUUUUAUUACUGAAAAAAAAGCUACUUAUAAGUAAUAGGAGGGUUUCCUUAUCUAAAAGAUGUUUAAUUCUACCUAUCUGUACCAACUGGUUCAUGCAACUAGAGACUGUUUUAGUAACAUGUACAUCAUUAGGUAAGAUAUUGAUCAAUGUAUACUCCGAGAUCCUUAGCAACUGAAACUGGAGAAAUAGUUUUCCCAACACGAUUAAGGAGAUAUGAGGUAGCCUCUUAAUAAGUUGUGUUCAAACAUCGACGGCAAUAGUAAAAAACGUUCUAGAUUUUUUUGAAAUUUAGCUUCUAGCCACUCAAACCACCAGCAAAAGAGGUGAAGAUGUUUCCGGCAAAUUGGUCGAGCCUGAGUCGUUGAAAAGUCUGCCGUAAGGGCUGACAUUCAGCUGGAAAGAUACCACAAAUUCGUCUUUGUCGGAAAAUAUCCAAUUUGUAUAGUGUCCUCCGUUUUUAACGUUUUUUAAUUCUUUACAAAACAAGUUAGUUAUAAAAUAAGCUCAAUAGGGAAAAAUUAUGCACUUUUGUUAUAGCCGAACAAUCUGACUGAAGCAGGAAAAUUUCUCUUGCAACAACAAGACAAAUUACACAAGAAGACAUACAUUUAUUACUCACAAACACAACUGCUGCCAGGUCUUCUCAAGAAGCUGUAUUGACUAGCCAUUGUUCGUAAAUGAAUAUAAGUUUAAAGUAUGGGAUGACAUUCGUCUUCGCUGAAAAAACAAGUUUUUUGGAUCUCGCCGCGCAAAACAUAUACAUCUUUUCAGCAAAUCCAAACCAUACUCCACGACUUCUUAUAACAUACGAACAUGUGACCAUGAGUAUUAACUUUAGGUGGACUUUGACUUUUUUAUCUUUAAUUCUGCUUAGUUUCCAGUGAUCGUUAAAGAAUAAAUAAGCAAAUUUUCCUUCUCAGUUUUACAGAAAGAAUUUUCAUUCAAACUACAUGAUUGUGGCGUGUUUGUAACCAGCCAAUAGAAGCGUUUGUUUUUGUGUUGCGCGUUAUGGAGAAUUUUGCAGUUGAUCAAAAAGCAAGCAUUGUCGUCAUUUAUGUUGUAAAAGAAUUUCCUCAUGCUUUUAGCUGUGCGUAUUUCGAUGGAUGCAUUUGGGAAGUUUGGAGAGCACACAAGAAGCUAGAAGGCUACGCCUCGAGCAACUUUUAAGCAUCUUUCGUGCUCUCCAAACUUCCCAAGUGCAUCCAUAACUCGAUAUACGCACGCUAAGCGUGAAAACAUCCUUAAUUAACAUAUUUUCGCAUUUUUUCAUUUGUACGUGCAAACUUGUCACUUAUGUUCUUUAUUUUGGAACUUUAAACCGCAUAUAUUAUGUCAGUUGUUAGUUUUUAUCUUUGUCACUUGAUAAUGAUGUCAUGGCAAACGUUGUGUUAAACUUUUUUUCGCUCAUGUUUAUUCUUAAGUGUAAUUAACAAAAUUUAACUCGAUCCGUUUACUGUUACAGUAGUUGAUUUAAUGAUUUGCAGUUGCUCAUAUUUUAUAGCUUCCGCCCAUUCAAAGAAAGAAAUUUGUUAACGGAGACUGAUUUUGCAAUCUCUAAUAGUAGUCAAUCAUAUUUUAAUCUACCUUUAAUGAAUUCGAUGGUUUUUUUGAAUAUUUAGACUUGGAUGAAUGUGAUUCUGAUUCCUAUGACUGCGGUAUCAAUGCUGUUUGUCAAAAUACCGCGUCCUCAUAUACCUGCACGUGCAAAGCUGGAUAUACAGGAGACGGACGAACCUGUGUUGGUAAGAGGAGACAUAGAUUGAAACCUCUAAUAUUCUACCACUAAACGCCUUAACCAUUAUUCGAUUCCACUAACUGUUGUUUUAGAAUACGUUCAAUCUGACGUAGUUUUUCAUCUACGCCUAAUUUCUCUACUGGGAGGGUCUUAAUGGGGUUAAUUGAAAGGCGUAAAACGGCCAAAAAUUUAGUCAAUAGCCGUAAAAAUUGAAAAAUUUUAACCAUUAGCCGUAAAUAGGGUAAAAAAGAGUUAACCGGAGAGGAAAUUGUUCCCUAGAUUUGUUGAUUUUAGGAAGGUGCUAGACUCACUUAUGGUUGCGUUAUUUAAUUCUGGUUAUUUAUUUUCCGGCUACUUUGACUCCGUACGCACGUUAGGCCAAGCGCCUUUUAGUUGUGACCUAGACCUAGACACCAUUUCCACCGCUCUCUCGGGGAAUCAAUUUUUUCCAUAGCGAAAAUCUGGCUUCUUGCUGGAGAUUAAAAUUUGCGAUUUUCAGGACUGCACAGGAGGUCGUGCCCUCGAAAUACUAGUGAUGUCACUGUUUGUAAAACACGUUGCCGAUAAACAACAAUUCUCUGUAAUAAUGCCCUGUUUUUCUCUGACGCUAAGGUAGACAUUGUCAUGCCUAGUCCCUGUUCGGCGUCCACCCACGCAAUCUCGGUAAAGGCAUUUCGGGAGCGUAUCUGAGAACAAAACUCGCACUCGCUCUGACCACGUGACCCGAAACGUAUUAGCCGCGCGGAAUAAUGAGGCCUAUGGACAAGGCAACGGCAGACAGUCUUUCUGUACAGUCCUUCGCUAUCAUUAAAAACAUUGGCCGUUUUAAAACUAGAUCUAUAAAUGGAUUAUCCGUCUGUGCACAGUGGCCCCCUCCCCCACAGACACCGCUUCUUCGAAUUUUUUCCGAGGGGAGGGGGCGGAUGUACACAGGCUAUCUGAAACGGAUAAUUCAUAUUCAAACUGUCCGUCAAAACUGAUGGAUAAAGUCAGGCGGAUUGUUCAUUCAAAAUUAACCCAUCUCACUUUAAAUAAUCCGUCUCUAGUGUGAAAACGGCCAUUUAUGCUGUUAUAAAUGAAUGUCCCCCCUGCCUUGAGUUGGGCGUUCGCGUGUCUGCCUUUGCUUUUUCACAAAAGUUAUUUUUAAAUUGACUAUUGACGUGUCUAUGCGUAAAAUAAUAGUAGAAAUGGAAUACUUUAUAAAUAGUAUGAUCUAGCAAAUGUUAAAAUUUUUCAAAAGAAUAACUUCAUUUUAUCCCGAGAUGAUCCUAAGACCUUUACUUUGCUUUGAAGCUACAAAAAAUACAGGUUUAUUAAUAUUUAACUCUUUCAAACAAAAGAAAAUAAUUUUUAACGUUUUGUUAACCGUAACUGAAAAAACUUAACCUGUAACCGUAAAAGAACCAAAAUUUUAGCCAAAAACCGUAAAAGCCACCACCCCAUUGAGACUCUCUACUAGCAGAGGGAAGAAAAAGUGAGAGAAAAUGCCUAGUGAACUAUGAGAGGGAGAAGAGAGUCUCUCUUCUUCCUGUAUUUCUUCUCUCGCCUUUAGAGGCAUCUGCUUGUCGGGAUUUUACCGAUGUGCUGAUGCUAACGACAAAAAUUCCAUAUUUUAAGAUGAAGAAGAAGAUGAUUUUACAAUUGCUAUGAUAGUAAUGAAUUAAAUUCUAAUCAACCAUUUGAGAAUUAGAAAGUGUUUUAAUAUGUUUAGACGAGGACGAAUUUACUUCUGAUUCUGAUGACUGCGACGUCAAUGCCGUUUGCUAAAAUACUGUUGGCUCAUACACAUGCACGUGCAAAGCUGGAUAUACCGGAAACGGACGAACCUGUGAUGAUAAGAAGAGCUAGACAUCUAUUCUAACACUGAACGUCAUUAAGAAACGCACUGUAUACCGUGCCUCAUGACAAUACGCCAUUGUCAAAAAGCAAAGAGAUGGUCUCACAAUUCACAAGGCUUCGAAACGAUUAGCAAAAUGCGUAAUUUGUAUAUACCGAUCACAUCAAAAAGUGUCAAAAAGCAGAUAAAAUACAGUGAUAUCAAAUUCAGAUCUUUUCAUUGUUUUUUUUUUGUAGAGGGUCUUGAAGGGAAAAAAUAGUGAAGACACUACCAUCCUUGCAUUUCUGAGCCUUUCCCGUAUCUACUUUUAUUAAUCAUUUUCAGUCUGUUGUGUUUCAAUUCUCUUUAGAUCUGAACGAGUGUUCAAGUAACUCUGAUAUCUGUCAUAUCAAUGCAAUAUGUCGCAAUACCGUUGGGUCCUACACAUGUACCUGCAAACCUGGAUAUAAAGGAGAUGGACGAACCUGUAGUCCUAAUGGUAAAGGUCAUGUCUUACAAGAUCCUAGAUGUUAAAUAUGAACUAUCACUAUGUCUGAGUGCCGGGUGAUUUGAGGUGAGCAGUUAACCCUAUUCAGACCUGGGUUAUUUUUGCUUCUUGCUACCGGGGGGCGGCUUCAGAGGCCCCCUCUUUAAAACUUCGAAACCGCUCAUGAAAAAAAAAAUAUAUGCAAAAAUAACACAGAAUAAUCAUUUCCAGAAAUUUAAUUUUUUUCCAAAAUUAAAAACUGGCAUAAUGACGUUAUCUGCUGUCAUUGUGGCGUCAUGUUGUUCAAUUUAUUAGCGACCAAGAGAGACAAAACUAGUAUUCAUUAGGGGUUAGAGAAGUCAAGUGAAAAUAGAAUAAACGGUUACAGUAUUAAUUUAAAAUGGUAUAAAAAUAAAAAUAAGUGUUAUCGAUCUUGGCUGACGGUCAGUUGCAAUGUUAUUAACUGUCCGAAAAACAAUCAGCUCAAUUGGCGCCGAAUUUGUCAUAGUUCUUUUGUCAGAUUAUGGAAGUCGACUAUUUUUCUAGGUUUGCAAGGCUGCGUUAUUGUGGGAAACAACCGAAACCACUUAACCUCGUUAAACAACUGGCUUUCACCGGUGAUAAGAAGCGUUUAUUUUCGCUGGAGGCGCUGCUGGCGUUCAUCAGUGGACGGCUGGGCUGCAAGUACGUUUCACUCGCGAUGUGACGGCAAGGGACCGAGUGUAACAAUAAUAAGGGUCGGAAGAUAUAUUUUUGGAGGAUACGCUAGUGUUUCGUGGGGUAAGUAAACAAUGUAAUUCAAUUGGCGAUUUUAGUAACAGCCCUGCCGUCGAAAGCAUUCCACUUGACAGGAGGCUUUAGGUUCAGCCGGAUAGUGAGCAAUGGAGUGAAUCAAUCUGCCUUUAGGACGGUGCCCAACAAUGGGAAGAUGUCAUACCAAGGGCUAUUGAAAUCCAAAAAGAAAAGUAGGGGUAACCGCGCAUUUUUCAGUGUUAAAUACACUUUAAUAUGGAGAGAUAAAUGCUGAAUAGGCAUUUUUAGAGAACAUUUUUCCCAAAUUUCAGAGUGUACAAGUUAAAUGGAGCAAAUGCAAUGGUAAUUGUAUCGAGGCUUCGAAAUAAAGAACAAUGGUAACAUAACAACUGCUCUUAUAAGUCUUUUUAACUCAUCACUGUAAACUGGGUAGUUAGAAGCAGUGACCCCUCUCCACGCGUUUGCCUCAAAAAUGCUUCAAACGACAUUUGUCCCAAAAACAAAAAAAAAUUGAUCGUCUGCCGAGUGGGCUAAUUACUUCGAUUUGGCAAGAUACCAUUCGCUUUUAAAGUUAAUUCUUUCUGAUCUCUUCCUUUCCGAUCUCUGUGAGAGAACAAACCAUCUCAAGGAUAAAAAAAACAUAAAUCGCCUCGGGAACCACACAGGAAAGAAGAAAGAGAUAUACGACAAACUAAGUGUUCCGAAAAUUAAUUUUUAUCUUAGUCUGCGCUAUAACUUUUGAUGGAAACUUUUUACAUGGGAUUUCUAAAUGUCUUCGAUUGCUCUAUAGAGUACAUGUAGUCAGAAGUUCAUAAUCCUACAUGACCCUCUGUUUUUUUGUUUUGUUUUUACCUCAUCGCAUGCUGUAGCCGUUGCGGCGUAAAGAGGAUUAACUAAUGUAGUAUAUGUGGUAUAUCAGAAUUCUGAAAGUCGCAAAUGACAACAGUUUUCAGUUCCUUUCUCUUUACUAGCUUCCGGCGAUAGGUAUCAGAACGACUCCAAAGCCUUUUUAUUUUCACUGGUAAACAAGCCAGGAUGGGCACCUGUUAAACUGCCUCAGACAGGGAAACGCAGUUUAAGCAGAGUACGUUCCUUAUAUUUUUACUCCUUAUAUGGCCCUACAUUCGGAGGAGGAUAUGACAUUCGCUUGUCCAACUACGCCUCAUCCAAUACCAAUUCUUACAGCAACCUUGGCUAUACUUACAGCCCACCGAGAGGAUACAGCUACGGCAGCACUUUCGCCCAAACAUUCAUGGCAGGAACAUACCACUUCCAACCAGACGAAAUAGAAACAUUUUACGAAACAAUCUAA